AUGAAGCCGCGUGAUAGGAGUCGAGUGGGUGGGUUGAUCGGAAUUCAUUUUCAUACCGUAAUUUGGCGAACUGCGCCGUAGACUUGUUUUAAAGUUUGUAUUUUUUACCAUGUAACUUGUCCGUAUGGCACAGUGGGGGACAUUGUCCAGUAGCAAAAAACGUACCAUCUUGCAUCCGGGAAGUAUCAAAAAUGUGGCAAAAUACCUCCCUCUCCAAGUGAAAAAAAACCCGAUUUCAAAAGCACGCCCGCUAAAACAGUCCGGUGAAGGGAUUGGCAAUUUGCCAAAAAAACGUUUUGUCGGGGAAGAAAUGGGGAAUUUUUGGGGGGAGAGAGUACAUGUCUUUUUUCCUCUUUCUCUCCGAAAUCAAGACGAAGUGUAAAAAACCGAUAGCGAAGGGUCUACUCCGGUCACCGGACUCCUCAGUUUGACGUGCGGCGCGCCUUUCAAAUCGGAGUUUUUUCACUUGGAGAGGGAGAUAUUUUGCCAUAUUUUUGAUACUUCCUGGAUGCAAAAUAAUACGUUGUUUGCCACUGGAUCAGGUCCCCCACUGUAGAUAUUAGAAGGCUUAUUAUGAUUACGAAUAGUGGGUCCUGCCGAGACAUGUUAUACGAUGAAACAUGCCCAAUUGAUUUUGAUCGUAUAACGUGUCUAUGCUGUAAAAAUGUGUAACCAGGUCGUGAACGCGCACCAUUGCAUCGUGAUGACCCAAUUUAAUAAACAUUGAUUAUUAUUUGAUUUUUAUUAAAAGUCUCCAACUGCAGGUCGAGUGCACACUCAACACAGGCCCGUCCAUCGGUCGGGCAAUCGAACCAACAGCCGAAAUAACAGUCGCAACAACAGCAGGAACACCUCCAGAAAUACGAGUAGAAACACAACAAGAGACAAUUGUCGAGCCACCAAAAGCACUAUAGCACCGACCCCGAAGAAGGAGAGGAAAGCGGACAUUCUGGGCAAAGGAGACCUGGUUCAGCUGAACAAGCUUGAGUAAGUUGCAGGGGUUUAAUUUUAGAUUCAAAUUAUUAAAUGCCUUAUUAGAUUUGGACAAUUUUGCAUAACUUACACCAUCUUUCAGGAUCAAAGUCAAUAAUAUUUUGGGACGCGGCGGAUUUGGUCAAGUUUAUCAUGUCCAGAACAGCGAGAAUCUCAACCAAUCAGCUGCGUUGAAGAUCGAACCCCAGAAAACUGGCAAUCGAUUGCUGGUAAGUUUUGCAAUUGUUUGGGCCAUUUUAUAUGAUGAAAUGUGUCCGAUAGUAUUUCGUCGUAUAACUUGUCACCUACACAUCCCAAACGUCAAUUUCUGGAAGCAUAUGUAAUCAAAAGAAUGGGAAAAAAGUUAUUUUACUCUAUGGAUAUCUCCACCUGUGAAAUUCCGAUGUUGGAGACAUUUUAUACGAUGAAAUGUUUACGGAUAGGUUUCGUGGAAUAAAAUGUCUCAAGCUCUUAAUUUUAAGAAAUUGGGUUGGGUCUAAGCCUACACAAAAUAUUUUGUAAUUGCUUUCAGUUUGAGAGCCUGCUUCUGACAUACAUUCACACCUCUCAAGGGGGAAAAGACCACUUCCCUCUGGUCUUUCGAUAUGGAAUAAUUACUGUAAAGGAUACACAAUAUCGCUACUGUCUCUUUCAAGUCCUUGGAACAAAUCUGUCAGAUCUGCGACGCCAAUAUACAAAGGAUGGAAAGCAUUUUGAGGAGAAAACAAUCGCUCAUAUUACACUGCAAACUUUCAAGGUGAGCAAAGAAGGUUUUGUUGUUUAAAAUGUCACUCAAACGUAUAUUCCAAAAUGUCGUUUUUGCUUAUUUCUUGGGUUUUGAGGGGAUAUCGGUCCUUGAUGACAAAAAAAAAUUUAAGAUUUUUUCGUAUAAAAUGUCACCUUGUUGCAAAAGAACCGCAAAAUGUCUUCUUUCAGGCUCUGUGGGACUUCCACGGCUAUGGAUUUGGUCAUCAUGACGUGAAGCCUCAAAAUUUUGUCUGCGGCCGAGGUCCACAUGAAGCUCGGAUAUACCUUAUUGAUUACGGAAUUGGUCGAUUUUGUUUCGAAGGCGAUCAAUACGUGUAUGUUGCCGUUAUCCAUUUGAUAGACCCACUGGUUUAGCCGUCCAAAGACCAAAUAUCAUUUCACUGGCACUUUGAAAUAUUGCCCUAUCAACUGCCAUAAUAGAAGGCACCCGGAUCUCAAGGAUGACCUGGAAAGUUGGGUCUACAUGAUGUUCGAACUAUACGAUGACACCUCGCUGAUGUGGAGCGGCAGAGACAAUCCGGAGAAGAUCCUGAGGGGAAAGAAAUUGUUUCUUCAGGACUGUUCGUACGCCUACAAAAGAGUGCCUCAGGUGCUGGGACGUGUGGUGGAGCUUGCGGGCAGUCCGGAGUAUGGAAAGAAACCGAAUCAUAGUGCGAUUUACAAGGAGUUGGAACAGUAUUAUAUAAGGGAAAAGUUGGUAAGUCAUACGAUGUGGAGAGAUUUUUCUUUUGUAUGUUUUGUAAUACGAUGAUAGGUGUCUGGACGGAAUAUAUCGUAUAAAUUGUCACAAAAAGACCACUAUACUGACGGACCUGAUCCAGUGGAAAAACGUACCAUUUUGCAUCCGGGAAGUAUCAGAAAUGUGGCAAAAUACCUCCCUUUCCAACUGAAAAAACUACUAUUUCAAAAAUGCCGAUUUUUUAUAGGGCUGUUUAGCGAUAAAAAGCAACAUGUUUAAAAAUUGCGAGGCUAAGGGCCUUAGAAACACAAUUUUUGCGAUUUUGAUCCAUUAUUUCCCAAGUUUUUAGCUACAAUGACGGACCUGAUUCGGUGGCAAAAAACGUACCAUUUUGCAUCCGGGAAGUAGCAAAAAAUGUGGCAAAAUGCCUCCCUUUCCAAGUAAAAAAACUCCGCUUUGAAUAAAAAAAUUCCCUUUCCCACACAAAAAGAACGGACGCGAUUUUGAAAACGGAGUUUUUUCACUUGGAAAUGGAGGUAUUUUGCUACAUUUAUGAUACUUCCCGGAUGCAAAAUGCUACGUUUUUUGCCACUGGAUCAGGUCCGCCACUGUAGAUGGACGUUACAAUUGGCAAAGUCAUCUUUCAUUCAGAAAUUUUUGAAAAUUAAAACUUUUUCAACCAUUUAUUGCCAAUUUUUUACAGAUUCCUUGUGAAAGAGUUGAAUGGCAGAGUAAACACGAACACCUCGCACCAUUUGAGGUACCCUCUGAGUCCCUCACCGAUGAAGCGAUUCAGUCUUUGAAGUAUGACGAUUGGGACCCUAAGAAUCAAGAGAAAAAGCCCUUGGCGACCAAACGAGUAGCCGCUCCGGGAAAGACAAGUGAUGAAGAUAACAUUGAACAAGAAGCCAAGAAAUUCUCGGAAGACGAGUGA